GGCAUCGCCUCCCUUGUUUAUUAAUUACAAACACAAAGCUUAAAAUUUCAACUGUAGUGUGAUUAAUAGGGCACGAAAGCCAUAUGUUACGAAUUCAUCUUUUGAACGUAACUUUAAUACAAUAGAACUUUUAGGUUAGUUUGUGUAAGAAGCUGAAAGUUGUGUUAGUGAUUCUAUAAAUUUAGCCUCAAGUAGCUUACUUAUUGAGUAAAAUGGAUGAUAAAGAAGCGAAAAAGGAGGAAAAGAAACCUAUUGUAGUAAAAAAUGCUACUGACCUACAAAGGUUGAAGUUGGAAAAGCUCAUGAAGAACCCUGAGAAGCCAGUAGUUAUACCAGAACCACCAAAGCAGAAAAGUCUAACAGCACCUCCAGACUUUGUCCGCAAUGUGAUGGGCUCCAGCGCAGGCGCGGGCUCGGGAGAGUUCCAUGUUUACCGCCACUUAAGAAGGAAAGAAUAUGCAAGACAAAAGUUUAUUCAAGAAAAAAGUGAAAAGGAAAAACUAGAUGAGGAGUAUCAUAACAAGAUAGAAGAAAAUAGGAAAGCAGCAGAGCAAAAAACUGCCAAAAAAAGAGCAAAAAGAUUAAAACAAAAAAUGAAGGCAAAACUUAAGGGAAAAAAGCCUAAAACAAAUAAUACUGCUAAAAAUUCCUCACAAUCUGAUAGUGAUAGCAACAGUGAGGAUGAAGCAACUGAAAAUGAGGAAGGUGAUAAUAAAGACUUGAGUGAGAACAAAAAUGAAGAAACUGUGACGCAAUAGUUUUUUUUUGUACAAG